UUGCAACAAAGACAGCUAUCGAUUGGUCCACAUCUCAUAAAAACACCCCAUUUCUCCAGCCCUCAACUUUGACGCAACCGUAACCAACGACCCUUCCGUUGAGCUCUCUCUCUCUCUCUCUCUCUCAUCCCAGGCGCUGCCUAUACAAAACACUCUCAGACCAUACGCUAUUGUCUGAAUCUAACGCCUAUCGACCAAGAUUCUCUGCAUUCCUCGCUUCUCCAAUGGACGGAUCGAUCAACCGGAGUUGAAUCGAAUAUAUAUAUCUAUAUAAAAAAAUAUAUAUGGAGAAGAAACAACGCAUUUCGAUAUUCACCACCGCGAGCCUUCCAUGGAUGACCGGCACGUCCGUGAACCCUCUGUUCCGCGCCGCAUACCUCGCGAAGCAAGACGAGGAGAGGAAGGUUACCCUUGUGAUCCCGUGGUUAUCCUUGAAGGACCAAGAACAUGUUUAUCCCGAAAAGAUCACGUUCAAUUUGCCCUCGGAGCUGGAGAAGUACGUCCGUAACUGGCUCGAGGAACGGACCGGGUUUAGGUCUGGUUUCGACAUACGGUUCUAUCCGGGAAAGUUUUCAAGAGAUAAAAGGAGUAUUCUUGCUGUUGGUGAUAUUACAGAAGCCAUCCCUGAUGAAGAGGCAGAUAUUGCUGUCCUCGAGGAACCCGAGCAUCUUACAUGGUAUCACCAUGGGAAAAGAUGGAAAGCAAAAUUCCGCCUAGUUGUAGGAGUUGUUCACACCAAUUAUUUGGAAUAUGUGAGAAGAGAGAAGAAUGGACGAGUACAGGCAUUUUUUCUUAAGUACAUCAAUAGUUGGGUUGUCAACAUCUAUUGCCACAAGGUGAUACGUUUAUCUGCUGCUACCCAGGAUCUUCCAAGAUCUAUUGUAUGCAAUGUUCAUGGAGUCAAUCCCAGGUUUAUAGAGAUUGGAAAGAAGAAGAAUGAACAACAGCAAAAUGGAAGCAAGGCCUUCGCCAAAGGUGCAUAUUACAUUGGUAAGAUGAUCUGGCACAAAGGUUACAAGGAGCUCCUUAAACUUCUCCGGGAUAAUCAAAAUGAUCUUACUGGACUUGAGGUUGAUUUAUAUGGGAAUGGAGAGGAUUCCGUUGAAGUUCAGGAAGCUGCCAAGAAAUUGGAAUUAACAGUUAGGGUUCAUCCUGGACGUGACCAUGCUGAUCCUUUAUUCCAUGACUAUAAAGUGUUCCUAAAUCCAAGUACCACAGACGUUGUGUGCACCACCACAGCAGAAGCAUUGGCAAUGGGCAAAAUAGUGGUUUGUGCCAAUCACCCUUCAAAUGACUUCUUCAAGCAGUUCCCAAACUGCCGAACCUACGAUGAUAGCAAGGGGUUUGUCGAAGCUACACGCAAGGCAUUAACCGAAGAGCCCUCCCCCUUGACAGAUGCACAGAGGCACAAGCUUUCAUGGGAGGCAGCAACGGAAAGGUUUCUAAGGGCUGCUGAGCUGGAACAGGCCCCACCACUGAAGGCUGAGGCAGAUCAGGCCCCAUCUCAAAAGAGAUUGACAAAGAGCUCUUCGAAGCUUUUCAUGUCCACGUCGCUUAGUUUCAAGAGGCGCAUGGAGGAUGCAUCCGCGUUGGCACAUUUUGUUGGAACUGCGUUGUUGAGUUCACAACCCGACGAAGACCAAUGCAAGAAGCUUGGUCUGGCACCCCCUUCAGGAAAAUGGGGCCCACGACGUUGAUCUUGUUACGGAAAGCUAUUUACAAGCAGAAUUUUUAUGCAGAAAUCCAUCCAGAAUGAUGUUGCUAUAGUGUUCUUGGAUAUUUUGGUGCAAAAUGAAAGAACCAAAAGCUGCCAUGCACGUUAUGCUGCGUGGAAAUUGUGUGUAAAAAUAUCAGUUGUAUGUCAUUAAUCUCAUGUUGAUGUUUGCUUCGGCAGUGGCACAGAAAGACCCUGGUUAUCACCGUGGAACACCUUUGAUGUAUGGGCUACAAGAUUGCAGCCACAGUGGGUGAGUUCCUUUUGUUCACUACACUGGUGUUGUCUAAAAUGGAAAACAUGUACAAUGUAGGUUUAAGGUUUCUGUUCGUGUCAUGGUACUACUCAAGAACCCCUAACUAUGGGUGUUAGAAGUGUUAAACUCAAGCAAUCCUCAACAAAGCGGUUGGACUCUUCUUGUUGUAGAUAUCUUAAUAAGAUACUUGGGAGUUGUAUAUUUAGCUU